AUGCGCGAGCUCGUGCACAUCCAGGGAGGCCAAUGCGGAAAUCAAAUCGGUGCCAAGUUCUGGGAAGUGAUCGCCGACGAGCACGGCAUUGACCCUACAGGCACCUACCAUGGCGACAGCGAUCUCCAACUCGAAAGGAUCAACGUGUACUUCAACGAGGCGACUGGAGGUCGCUACGUGCCGCGUGCCGUCUUGAUGGAUCUUGAGCCGGGCACAAUGGACAGCGUCCGAGCUGGACCUUUCGGCCAGCUGUUCCGUCCUGACAACUUUGUCUUUGGCCAGACACUUGGUAGCCCAGGUACCCUUUACCCUUUUUUUUUGGGGGGUUCUGGGUUCCCUUAA